AAACGGACAGAAACCAGGAACUAGCUACCUCGGAAGCUACUAAACGUAAUCUAAAAUGUCUAAAAUACAGCUGUUAAGAGUGUUUCUCAAUGAGCGAUUAAGAACUGCUGCGGAGGAGAUAUUAUGGGCAGUUGAAAAAACGAUAGCAGAAGAAGUUUCCCGUUCAAAUGAGGAAAAUGACCGUCUACAGAGGCAGCUUGAAAUCGCUCUCAUAAAGCUAAACAGAGCAGACAUCCUCCAACAGUCAGUCUCGGAACAGGUUCCCCCUGAGCAGCAGCAGGAGUGGAGCCCCAGUCUCGGACAGGAGGACCCAGAGCCUACACAGAUAAAGGAGGAACAGGAGGAACUCAAUACCAAUCAGUGGGAAGAGCAGCUUCAAGAGCAGGAAGAUGAUACCAAAGACUCCAUAUUCACUAAUGCCUUUAUGGAACCUGACUGUGAGGACCCAACUCGGCACUCAUAUCUUUAUCAAGCCCAGAAUGACGGAAAAGAAGAGAGAGACUCUCUACCCAGCACCUCAACUGCACAUAUCAAAACAGAAACUGGUGGAGAGGACUACAGAUUAUCAGGACCAACCAGUGAUUCUCAGCCUAAUUAUGCAAGAAAUCCAUACUGUUCUGCAGCUCAGAGGGAAAACAUUGAUUGGAUGGGAGUCGGAGGGCCUCCGUCAUGUUUUAAACCAGUCAAAUCAAAGAAAAGAUGGACAGGAAAAAGACAAAGCUCCCAUAUGAAUACUAAGGGUAGAAAAUCCACAGAGUCGUCCGAUCUGAAAUCACCCAGGCAAAGGGAUAAUGCUCCUUGCCGUUGUAAAGUGUGUGGAAAGUCUUUCCAGUACAUGGGUUCAUUAAUGAAACAUGUGCAAACUCAUACAAAUGAGAAAGAACAUAUUUGUGGUGUGUGUGGAAAAUGUUUUGAGUCCACAGAAAGUAUGAAACAUCACAUCCAAACUCACAUUGCAGAUAGGAUGUGUUGUCAUGUUUGUAGUAAAUGCUUCACUAGCAAUAGGGAUCUGAUUGUGCACAUGAGAACCCACACAGGGGAUAAACCGUAUCAAUGUUCUGAUUGUGGCAAAGAAUUCAGCGUUCGCAAUAGUCUGAAAAGGCACAUGAAGAUUCAUGCAGGAGGUAAAGGAUAUAGCUGCAGUCAUUGUGACAAGUGUUUCAGCACUAGCUUCCGUCUGACAUUUCACAUGAUGAGGAGUCACAGGGGUGAAAUCAUACAGGUGUCCUGUAUGUAGAAAAACUGCUUUACCCAAUCAUGUGUAAUCAGAAAAGUCACACUGGGGAAAAUGUGUAUGAGUGCAGGGAUUGCAGUAAAUAUUUCAGUGACAGUGGCUGCUUGAAUUUCUAAAAAGUCCACACAGACCACUGUCAUAUACGUUGCUCACCUAAAUCUGUAUAUUUCUAAAAAGUCCACACAGACCACUGUCAUAUACGUUGCUCACCUAAAUCUGUAUAGUCCUAAUGCUGGAGUAACUCGCCUUUGAAUGAGCCUCGCUCGCAAAAAGAGACAACGUGUGUUUUUGGAGUUCUAUUAUGGUGGGAGGAAAGGAAAUUAGCUACUAAUGGUAAUACAUCUAAAACAUAAUAAAAGUACUGUGAUUUCAAGUAUGUUUUAUUCCAUUGAAAUCUGUUGAGCUACUUUUUAAUGCCCAAUAAAUAUAAG